UCGCUCCAAAGUUUACUACACAUUUAUUAAGCUGCUCUGAGCGGCUUUACUUCAUAUUUUUCUUAUAACUUUUUAGAAAUUAGCGUAUUUUUGUAAACUUUCAGCAUCUCUGAGGAAGCUGGUCCAAAACAAACAAACUAAGUUUUUAACGGCAGUAAAGGGAAUGAAGCUGUUUUAACUCCUUAUAACCGGCACCUGCUGUCAGUAUUCCUGAGCCCAGCUGGGGGCCACUAUGUUCCCGCUAGACUCUCCGUGGAACAUCUCGUUCGCAGGCUGCGGCUUCCUGGGGAUCUACCACAUCGGCGUGGCCAGCUGCCUGCGGGAACAGGCGCCCUUCCUGGUGGACAACGCCAGACACAUCUAUGGGGCCUCCGCCGGGGCCCUCACCGCCACCGCUCUGGUCACCGGAGUGUGUCUCGGAGACGCCGGGGCCAGCAUCAUCGAGGUCGCUAAGGAGGCGAGGAAGAGGUUCCUGGGACCGAUGCACCCCUCCUUUAACUUGGUGAAGAUCGUCCGCCAUGUUCUGCGGCGAACUCUGCCUGCUGACAGCCACCUUCAGGCCAACGGGCGACUGGGAAUCUCUCUGACCCGAGUCUCAGACGGAGAAAACGUCCUGAUGUCUCACUUCAACAAUAAGGAGGAGUUGGUGCAGGCCUGUGUCUGCAGUGCCUACAUCCCAGUAUACUGUGGCCUCAUUCCUCCAACACUCCAAGGAGUG